AUGUUUUUAAAAAACUUAUUACUUCUAACAAAUUUAAUAAAAGCUAUUUCUGAUAGCACUACUACAAUAACUAAAGAUAAUUUUCGUACUAUUAUGAUGUUAAAUAAAAUAGAAAAUGAUCAGAGGAUGUGGUGGUCAUUUAUAUUUUGUGUACCAGGUGUGUUUUUAUUGUUGCCAACUAAAUUAAUAGAAAAAUAUAGGAUUAAUUAUGCUGUAGCAACACUUGAAUCAUUAAUUUUAUUAUCUUUCCUUUUUGGAAAAUUACGUUUAUUUUUGUUUGCUUUAUUUACAAUUUUAUUUACAAUUCUAAAUUUUAAUUCCAUCUUACGUCAAACAACUGCAUCAAUUGUAUCCACAUUUAUACUUAGUGAAAUAAUUUUAGUACCAUUGAAAUUAGAAUUUAGUUAUUAUAUAAUUUUUUGUGCUUCUAUUUUAUUGAUAUUUGGAUUAGUUGUGUUGUUUUCAAAGAAGUAUCAUGAAAAAAUUACCAGUAGUAUUGUUAUAACAUAUUUAAUAUACAUUUCAAGUAACAUUCUAUUUGAAAACGCACUUCUUAAUUUACUAUUUGAAGAUCAGUUAUUAAAGAGAUUAUCAGGUGUUGUUAUUUUAUUCAUUCUUUUUAUUAUGGUAAUAUUUAUUAAAAAUUCACUGAUAAAAUUUGAUUUAAAAUAA